GUCACUUUAUUUCUAUGCUAAUUGGUCUCUCUAAUCUUUAUUACCGUAACACUUGGAGCAAUCACGCACUAGAACUUUACUUCUGCAUCUGUUUUUGUUAUUGCAACUCUAAUAUGAACUCAAGUGAAAUCUCAAAGUACUUCCAAAAAGCCUGACCUUACUUCAGGACAUGUUACAGAUAGUUCACAGACAUGUUCAGGAAGUUCUUUACAGGAAAAGGGUCAGGUGAGAAAAACACACUGAAAUCCCCUCUUAACUCCUCCCUCUGUGUGAGCAGUAAAAGAAGAGACGAAGCUCAGAGACAACAAACUGUGAGUGUGUGAGGAGACACGGAGAGACUGAACGCUUGGACUUAUAAAACAAUACAUGAAGAUGCAUCUUUUGCUGGUUUUCGCUUUUAUUGUGAGUAAACUAUCCAUUUACUUAUUAAAAUAAUUAUUGUUAUUUUCGACUUAUUACGCCGAUAGUUGACACGCUGCUGUCAGACUGUUGCACCAUGUUUUGUUCCUGUAUCUUAAAGUUGAAGGUUUUCACACUGUUAUCUAUUCAUAUUUUACUCAAAAGCACUUAAAUAUCCGCUAUUUUAUCGAAAUUGAGUAUAUAACUGCGUGGUACACCCAAUGACGAAUCAUUAAAGUUACUUUCACUUUCGUUUCCUUUGUACCUACAUGGUUUCAUUCAGUGCAUAUACGCUUAUAUUUCGAUAAUUGAUAAAUUAAUGCUCAAUAAUUGGUUAAAUCUAAGUGAAACAAACAGUCAGAUGCACCUGGCAGUUUCAGAGUUUGUCUCUCUGUGAAUCUCAGGGACUUUCCGUAAACGCCCCUCUGAGUCUGGUGUGAAAAAACGGUCCAACAGUUUUAACCACGUUAUCACGAGUCCUUUUAAGAGACCAGACCUGAUCAAACCCUGUCUGUUUCUGUAGGUGGUGGUCUCUGCUCAGCCCCAGUGUGAUCCGGAGACACAGUAUGAGAAGAAUGGAGCCUGUUGUAAGAUGUGUCCUCCAGGUAUGAUAAGACCAACACAGGCUGGACUGUUAAUGAAUGAGUGAAAAUGGAUGGAUGGAUAUUAGCUGUGUAACUUCUUAGCCACACAUUUAGAGUUAACACAGUUAAUAUUCAAUCAAGACUUUACUUACACUUUCACUUAUCUCCCCCUUUCCCCUCAUGCUGGUUUCACUUUCCUUUCGCCUACUGACCAGUGAAGGACAUCUAGGACAUCUUAUCUUCAAAAACAUCAAUUAUAGAUCAACUCUAGUCCCGGAUCUGUCUGUUAAAUAUAAAUAUGAGCUAAUAAGUUUGGCUGUAGGUUAUCAAUCAUCAAAAAAGUACUUAUCAUAUUAUUAUUGGCUGUGAUUGGCUGAUUAAUUGGUGUAAUUAAAGUCUUUCCAAAUGGGAAUUUGUUUUUCCUAUCCCCAGUAACAGCAUAUUUGAUCUGAAACAGCCACUGUCCACUGUGAAAAAAUCUGUUAUGAUGUGUAGAAUAAUGCGGUCUAAUAACGAUAUUAAAGCUCCUGUAGGGAACUUUCUGUGUGUGAUGAUUGUGGCGCCCCCUGUGGACAAAGUGGUAACCCUUAUAUUGUCAGUACGUUCACAUGACACUCGAGAAAACUAAAUUAUUGCCUUAUUUCGAUUAAGACCGGACAACUGAAGUGCAUGUAAACACCUUAGUCCGACUAUAAUCAGAGUUUGAGAACUCUGAUUAAGACACCCAGAUAAUGCGACUGGAAUUCCAUUUUCUCUACCACGUAACCAGCGUAGUCGGAGUAUGAUCGGACAAUGCAUGUGUGCGUGCGCCACGCCCCUGUAACCACGGACCAAAAAACACCAGAGAAGAGGAGUAGCGUUCGUCUCAUCUGCAGAAAAAGUAGUACGUACAUAAUGUAGGACAAAAACAACGCUGUACGAUGCUCCAUCUUCUUGCUCUUAAACGCCCAGCAGCAGUUGUAGACACUUCUGACGUCUGACACGGAUCUGCUGUUGUUGUUGACGGUUGUAUGGGGUUGGAAACAGCGCCGCUGAAAAGACCCGUAUCACCCCCUAGUUUUGGGGAGGAGGACACGUUCACGUCAAUAAUUUGAUUUUUCUCAGCUGCAUGUAAAUGAGGACAAGGAGAGAAGUCUGAUUUGGGGAAAAAAAACAAUUAUGAGCUUAGUCCGAUUAGCAUUUGCUGUGGUAUCAGUGUUAAAGGCUGUUUCUUUAGUGUAUCUAAAAUAUUCAAUCUCUUCAUUAAUGGUCUCACUCGCUUUUCUGCAUCAUACCUAAAGUGUCUGACUUUUCCUUAAAGCUACAGGUCCUCUUUUAUUACUUGUACUGGUGUACCAUGAUAGUCAUUUUUGUAACUCAAAGCGAUACUCUGUGUGUCUUUCAGGGACGCGGAUGUUGUCCAGCGGUACUUGUGAUGAACCUCGCUGUGAAGACUGCGGGGAAAGAGAAUAUCAGGACAAAUACACAACUGAACCCAAGUGUCAGCGUCAGCCGUACUGUGACCCGAGUAAGACCUUGUGACGAAUCACACAAAACUAAUCCUUUAUUUACAUUUAGACUUUAGUAAUUUGGUCUCUUCUUCUUCUUCUUCUGCUCCCAGACAAAAACUUUAACCAGGCCAUCCAUGUGAGCAAGAAGAAAGCAACCAUCUGUGAGUGUAAACACGGGUUUCACUGCUCCAGUGAGCAAUGCAUAAUCUGUGUGCCGCACACCAUCUGUCCACAAGGAAAAGGAGCUAAAAUCAAAGGUACGACUGUUUAAUAUUGAUACAAUAACAGCUUUUAUCGUCGUUCUCAUUGUUAUGAUUGAUUAGAUUAGUGUCUUUACAAGAUAUUGAAUCUCUUUCGGUUACUUUUCAGGCAAUCAUUCACGGGACACAGAGUGUGAGGUCUGCACUGAUGGCACAUUUUCGGAUGUGAGCUCAUGGGACAGCGAAUGCAAGAAAUGGACAGAGUAAGUAAACGAUAAAAACACUAAAACAGCAGCAUGUUAGGGAGGUCAUGUAUAAGACUUAAACUUCACAAUGCUGAUUUAUACUAUUCAACUGUCUGUGCAAAUAGGCCGUUUACAUAGAUGUUAUAGAAGGACGUGAAAGAGGCAUUUCUUCUCAAGAUCUUGGAUCGGCUAAUUCUCAAAAUCUGGCUAAUAGUAUGACCUUUAAGUUCACUGCAGUUGUAUAUUUUUCUUUACCUUUUAUGAUAAUCGUAAUACUUUUAAAGGAGAGGAGAAAAAUGUUGUGGCAAGAACAAAACGCUUUUGUUGUUGCUUAUCUCAAAAGCAUCAAACCAAAAAUGGCAGAUUUAAGCUCAGCAUGUUGUGGUUGUUUUUGAAACCAUAAAGAAGUUUUGUCUUUGAAAAGUUGUGUGAAAACCUGUAAAGUUUUUGUACCUAAAAGGAUGAUUUUAAGAAGUGUUGACACUCUUCUUUCUGCCUGUCAUGAAUUUGUAAAAAUCAUCAUUCUGCUUCUUUCAUUCAAUAAUUUCAUCAAACAUCAUUAAACUGCUUCUUUCUGUUGAACUCCGAAUGAAAAGUUCAGAUUUAGUUCUUUAGAUCGCAGCCUCACUCUGAGAGAUUAUCUCUUCCUCACGUUUUGAAUGUUCUUGUUCUGCAGGUGUGGGAAUGACUACCACAUUAAAGAAACUGGAACCGCUUCGUCUGACAACAUCUGCGGUGAGUUGUUGUGUGUCGGCAGGAAGUUUGUAAAGUUCUUCACUUGCCGCUCACCCGUCCUCUGUGGUCGAGUGUUUUCAUAAUGAAACUGAGUAAGCUGAGACAGGAGGGAAAGAGGUGAUGUCUCAUGGACCAGUGUUGGUCUGUGGUUUCUGUUGUGGGUCUUACACCUUUCACUGACACAUUGUUUACAGUACAUGUGUACAUAGAUACACUUCAAAAUAAGGAUUUCUGUCGUAGCUGAAGAAUGAGCGUAAACCUCUGAAAACGGUCUCUCCUACACCUUCUUCUUUUCAUUUCCUCUAUAAGAUGUAAACGUGUGGCAGAUUGUAGUUUCACUUUCAGAUCACACACAGCUAAUACAUUUCCUGUCGUUUAGGACUGUAUAGCUAGUUUAUUGUGAACACUUAAAGGAUCAAUAUGUGGCUGAUGGUUUCAUCUCCUUCUCUUUCCCUGCAGAGCAAAACUCCCGGACACAUAUCUAUGUCCUUGUGGCUCUUGGAGUGAUUGCUCUUAUUUUGUUUGCAUUGGUUUUGGGUUACAAAGGUAGGCUGAGGUCUGAAUUCUCUCUGUUACAUUCAAUUUAUUAAGCAGUUGUUUUAUAAAUCCACCUAACGCCCAAAUUUUCUCUGGAUUUUUCAUUUUAGUUUGCAUCAGACGGAGAAAUGCGAAAGGAACGUUCAAGGUGAAUACAAGUGUUUUCUCUCUUGAACACAUUUGACUUACCUCUGCUAAUAGUAGCCCUCCUGCUAUAUUCCCUUUUGUAUUUUAAAUCUCCCGUUAAGUUUUUUUGUUAUUUUGAAAUGGGCUGAAAAAGAUAUUUGUGUUUUAUGAUCUACCAAAUCAAAUUAGAGGAUCAGAGGCAAGAUUGUUUAUUUUGACAUAGUUUUUUCAGUGUCUGAAACCACAGGGUAGAUUUCAGACAUUAUGUGCAAGAGUUAAAAAGAAGGUAGGAUGUAUAUUUUAUUCAACAAACACUACUCUCACAAGUACAGAACAAGAUUAGCCAAGAGAUCUGUUGUCUUAAAUACAGGGGUCACCAAAAUUAGCAUAAAUUAAAACAUCCUCAUCAGGGCGUUAAGUCUGCUGGGUUAUAAUUCCUGCUAUCUAAACCUUUUAACCUGAUUUUCUUUUCUAAAAGUCUUAAUCAGACUGUAAAUGUACAUUUACCUUAUUCUCCCUCUUGGAGAAAGUAAACUUUAUUGCCUGAAAGUUCCUCAGAGGAGCUUUCAGAAGUGGCUCAAUUACCAUCUGACUGUCUUCUAAAGGAGUAGCUGUGCAGUAAUAUAGGUUCAUGAAUUGAACUUAAGGGUACACCACACGGCUGAGUCCCUGAGUUUGAUCAGAAAACUCCUCCCUGACAGAUUUCUGCUUUUUACCUUACCGUGCAGCACUUAAGUAAACAUCAUUGUUUGUUAAAAUGGGCUCUAUAAAUAAAGUGGAUUGGAUUAGACACUGAGGGAGCGUGGAUACUUGACUGAAUAGGCGUACCUAAUUUGAAACUCUUCUUCUGAAGAAUGUUCUCAUAUAAUUUUGCAUCAUGUUUCUAUUUUUCUCUUGUAGGAUUGUCUCGAGUCAUGCUUGGUAGAUAAAAAGGAAAAUGUCCCAGUGUUAGACAACCCACAUGAGGAGAGGCCAAUGAUACAGGAACAACAUGAGAGUAUACCUGAGGAGAAUGAGGAGGUGGGUUACACCGUGAACGGACAGCCUGUGCAGCAGGACCUGUCGAAAGAAGAACAACUUUCUCAAGAGGAAUCACAAAGCACUAAUUUAUAAACCGAAGACUGCUCUCAUCUCCCUCUCAGUUGUGAAUAAUGACCAGAAAACUUCUGCUUUUGUUUGAAAGGUUGAGUUUCUAGUUGCCUUGAGUGUUAAUAUGUUUUGUAAAUAUAUUUGUGCAUGUGUGGUACAACACUAUGAGCAAACUUCAUGGUUUUUACAUUGUUAGCAUUUUAAAGUUUUUAUUCUUUUUGUAAUUGUGCCAAAAUUGUGUUUUGAUGUGAUUUUUUUUAAACAAUACUGGGCUCCAAACAUUCCUUAUUUCGACACGUUAAAAUGUUUGAUGUUAGAAGAACUUUGCUCAGAAACAGCAUGUGAAGCUUUUUGAAGUUGUCAUUAAAAUAAGUGGAACCCUUGGA